AUGGCCUUCCUACAAGACCUUCUUUUGGGCGCCGGCAUAAGGACAUGGAUCUCAACCUACCUUCCCGUGGCGUUCGUGGUGUAUUGGGCAGCCUGGAUAGUCUAUGCGCGAACUAUCCACCCUCUAGCUAAGAUUCCCGGUCCCUUCUGGCCUUCCGUCUCCCGGACAUGGAUCAUGUAUCGCAUGUACACCGGAAACAUUCAGAAAUACCAGCGGUACUAUCACGAGAAGUAUGGCCCGAUCAUCCGCAUUGCGCCGAACGAAGUCGCCGUCGCCGAUCCUACAGCUGUGUCAAAGAUCUACCCGCUUCAGAAGCCAAACCAAAAGACUGAUUGGUAUACUGCAUGGCGGCCCUCAACUUUGGACUCGCGAACCGACUUGUUCACCGAACUCGAUGAGAAAACGCACACACAGUACAGGCGAAUCGUAGGAAGCGCCUAUGGUUUGACUAGCGUAUUAAAGAACGAGCAGUCCAUCGACGAUGUGCUGACUCUCUUUCUGAAAAGAGUUGGCGAGUUUGCAGACCGGAAGGAGGCUUUCGAUUUCGGCAAAUGGCUGGAGAUGUUCGCGUUCGAAAAUGUCGGGACCUGCAUUUUUGGCAAGCAGUUCGGCUUCUUGGAGCACAGGCACGAUCACGGCGGCUACAUCAAUGCUGUGCAUACUGCCACGCCCUUUCUAGGUAUCAUCACGGUCACUCCUACUUACAUGAGACCGCUGGUCGGCCUUGCUGCGCCUCUCAUACCAAAACUGUUGAAGGCAAUCAUGGCUUUUGAUGGUAUCCGUGUGACAGCUCUGAAAGAGUUGGAUGAUGCCGUCAAGAGAACCGAGGAGGAUAACUCCAAACGAAACGACUUCAUGUCACAAUUCCUUUCCAUCGUCCGCGAUCGAGGCGAGAAAGUAAAUUUUACGAUCAAGGAGGUCAGCUCGGAGGCUUGGGUUGCAGUCACCGCUGGCGCAGACUCAACCUCUAUCCUCCUCCGCACAGUGUUCUACAAACUCAUGCAGAACCCUCGCGUCCUCGAAAAACUCCGCGCCGAGAUCGAUGCCGCGUUCGAAAGUGGCGCGCUCUCGCACCCCGUCCAGUACGGUGCCCUUGACAAACUGGAAUAUAUGUCGGCCGUCAUCAAAGAGUGUACUCGCAUCUUCCCCAGCUUUCAAGUCACUAUGCCCCGCCAUGCUCCUGCUGAAGGUUUCGAUCUGUGCGGCUAUCACAUCCCAGCUGGGUAUCGCGCUGGAAUGAAUCCCGCUGUAGUACUUUUCAACAAAGAGAUCUUCGGUGAGGAUGCGAGGGAAUUUCGACCUGAGCGAUGGAUGGAGAGCGAGGCGAGAAACCAUGCCAUGGACAAGGCAAUGAUCAACUUUGGUGCUGGCACCAGGACGUGCAUAGGUCGUAAUCUGGCUCUUGCACAAGCAUACAAGGUCUCUGCUACUAUUAUCCGCGAGUUUACGUUUGAGAUGGCACACGACCGACCUUGGCAGACUUACAACGCUGGGUUCCGCGGCCAGUACGAUGUCAUUUGCAACCUAAGGCGGAGACAGUUGGCAUAG